CGCAGCUCCGUAUAUAAAGGCGGAGGACCGGAGAAGACGGACGGCUGGGGAGCGGCAGCCCUGGGACUGUGAAUAAGACCGUAAACCGCUGUGUUUUUAUUUCCAGAAACUUUAAUCGGCAACUUUUUAAACGUUUUAGGUGUUUCUGUGCUUUUUUUUAAUGGUUUUUGGGGUUCUUGCUUGAUAGUCGCGGUGUGUUUGUUUCCGCUCAUAAUGGCGAGCUCGGCUAACUCGAACCAAGUGCCUAAAGUGUACAGAGCAGUGAUGGAGGAUGUCAUCAGUGAAGUCCGAGAGCUUUUCCUUGAUGAAGGAGUGGAUGAACAGGUGCUGAUGGAGCUGAAAACGCUGUGGGAGAAUAAGCUGAUGCAGUCCAAGGCGGUGGACGGUUUUCAUACGGCGGAGCAGCAGGCUCUGCAAGCUCAACAGCAGCAAGCCCAACAAGCUCAGCAAACGCAACCACAGACCCAACCACAGCAAGUCCUCCUGCCUUCAGUGCAGCAGCCUACUCCGCAGCAGGUCAUUGUUCAGGAUCCCAAGAUUUUCCAGCACAUGGGCAGCGCUGGAAUGAGUACAGCAACAACUUUGGCUUUACCCGCAGGUGUCGGACAGUUUAUCACUCAUCAAGGUCAGAUCCUGCAGGUGGUCAGAGCUUCUAAUGGAGCUCAAUACCUCAUUCAGCCCCAGCAGCAAAUGUUGUUGCAGCAGCAGGUCCUGCCACAGAUGCAGCCUGGAGCUGUGCAGGCUCCCGUCAUACAGCAGGUGUUGACUCCUCUUCAGGGAGGUCUUUCCCAGGGGACCGGAGUCAUCAUCCAGCCGCAGCAGAUUGUCCUCACAGGAAAUAAAGUACAGCAGAACACUCAGGUCAUGCAGGCAGCGGCGAUGGCUGUGCAGCCGGAGCAGGGAGCUGCUCAACCGCAGACACAGCCUCAAGCACAGGCACCGCAACAACAGCCACAGCAGACACAGGCCUCGCAGCAACCUCCCAUGGUGCUCCAGGUGGACGGUGCAGGAGACACGUCCUCAGAGGAGGACGAAGAGGAGGAGGACGAGUAUGACGAGGACGAGGAUGAAGACAAGGAGAAAGAUGGUGCAGAAGAUGGUCAAGUGGAGGAGGAGCCAUUGAACAGUGGAGAUGACGUCAGUGAUGAGGAAGAUCAGGAGCUGUUCGACACUGAGAACGUGGUGGUUUGCCAGUAUGACAAGAUUCACAGAAGUAAGAACAAAUGGAAAUUUCACCUGAAAGACGGGAUAAUGAAUCUGAACGGGAGGGAUUACGUGUUCUCCAAAGCCAUUGGAGAUGCAGAGUGGUAGAUGGUAAAGAACUGAACCCAGAACUGUCCACUCUUAAGGCAAGACACAUCGAGACCUGAAACUGUACAUUUCAGGAGAUUCCCACUUCAGGGGCUGAAGAGUAACGUCCCAGUGCUACUGUGCUGUUUAAAUGAUAGCGGCAUGAAAAUAGCGUGUGCCAUCCAAGAGAUUUGUUUCUUUCUCCACCCCCCCCUCUUAAGAUGGCCCUUUUACCUGUAGAGUUUCACAGGACCCAUAACUUCUCUUUUAGAACAAUGUUCUUGCCCCUCAGAUGAAUGAAACCAAUUUCAGCGUCUGGCGCUAUCUAAAGUUGACUGGUGUGUUAAGACGGCCAGUUUCUACUGCAUCCACACGUGUUUGUUGGUAAUUUCCGUAGCUAGGUCAGUAAUCUGAAUCCAGUGAAUCGUCCAACACGAGGACCAUUUCAUCACCAUUCGCCACCUUCCACUAACACUAAAACAAGCAACCAACAACUGUGUUCCCAUAAUUUCCUUCCGUAAUUGCUAUGUUUUUAGACCUUUGUAUGUUGAACAGCAGAGAUACCAAUGAAAACCGGCAAAUUUAGUGCAAAAUUGUCGAUCUCACGAAAUUGUUGCCGUGUUUGUACGUCCGUCAUGGAUUUUUCUAACUGUACUCUGACUAAAGAUCUGCUCUGACAGAGCUCGUGUUGUCCUGCGUGUUUGUGUGCAAGCUGUUGUGUUAGGUGUCAAUGAAGUGCUCGGUCAGGCCACCCUUCAUUCUUUACUUGCGGUCAGGCUUAUUUUACACAUUUCUAGUAGUUUGUAUUUAUUCCUGAAGCUCGGGCAGCGUUGAUGAAACCGAACUGUGCUUUUAUUGGAAGAAGUGCUCCUUUCAGAGGAGGAGUUCAGCACGUGAUUCAGUGCACUGUGGAGCUUUGUUAGGGUGCUUUUAUUUUUGUUUUAUAGUAUUUAGUCUGGCUUUUUAAGAUGUGCCCUCAUACAGUUUGCUGUGUUCGGUGUCUGUAUGUUCAGCAGAUGAAACUAUCGAUACAUUUUGGUACGUUUGUUUGACGAAAUGGCUUGGACUAGUGUUGGGGCUUUUUUUUCUCCUUGUUUGUGCCUUUCAGAUUUAAUUUAGGUAUCAGGUCCUUUGUCUAAAGGGGGAGAGCCUUUAACAAAUCCUACGAACUGUACAUUUCGCUUUGCUUUUCUAAUCGUGAGUAAAGAAAACUUCAGAACUACUGUGAGGGAACAUGUUUAUUCAUAUACUGUUUUAACAAUCAAACUGCUCUGUCUCUGAUUCUCAUCUCUAUGAAAGUUGUGUUAUGUAAGUAGAGAUCUUUAGUAUCUUGUUGAAACAUUGAGUUUUAUUUUGCCUUUUCUGAACUUUAUUAAAGCACUAUUAAAAUGGAC